AAGAAAGGAAAAGAAAAAGAUGGCAAGUGGAUAAAGAUUGGUGAUGGCGAAGGGCUCUCGUUGUGGUGGGAAUGGGAUGAAGGUGAGCGGUGAAAUUAUGAGAAAUUGAGAGACGAGUCACAAGCACAACGGAGAGGAGGACUAGACCAGACCAGCGAGACUGGAGGAGGGAGGGAGGGAGGGGUCCAUGAAAUGAAAUCGGCGCCAUCGUCGUCUUUACUCUUUCUGGUGCCACGUGGCUGCUAUUCUUGUUCCUGUGUCAAGUUUGUUAUAAUGGCCAAGGGCAACAACAACAAGAAAAAGUCUCAGCAACCUCCAUCUCCUACUCCAAUGGUCUCCGAGCCAAGUCCUCCCAGGAUUACAUCAAAUGUCAGGCAGAAUUUACAGCUUUUGAAGUUAUGGAAGGAUUACCAAAAGAGAAAGUCUAGCACACCUAAGCACUCUACCAGUUACCGCAGAAAGAAGGUGCCCAAGGAACAGCUUCCAGAAGACUUAGACCUCUAUCGUGAUCCAACCACCACCCUCUACUAUACAAACCAGGGUUGGGACAUUGCAGUUCCGGUCUUGCUUGUUGAUGGGUAUAACGUAUGCGGUUAUUGGGCGAAGCUGAAGAAACAUUUUAUCAAUGGGAGACUUGAUAUGGCUCGCCAAAAGUUAAUCGAUGAACUUGUAACUUUCAGCUUGCUAAGAGAGGUGAAAGUGGUGGCUGUAUUUGAUGCCAUGAUGUCUGGACUCCCCACACACAAGGAAGAUUUUAAUGGUGUCGAUGUAGUUUACUCAGGUGAAUCUUGUGCGGAUGCGUGGAUUGAGAAAGAGGUUGCAGCCUUAAGGGAGGAUGGAUGCCCUAAAGUUUGGGUUGUGACUUCUGAUCAUAUUCAGCAGCAUGCAGCACAUGGAGCAGGAGCCUUCAUUUGGAGUUGCAAGGCGUUGGUUUCUGAGAUUAAAGCAUCACAAAAGGAGUUUGAGAGGAUGCUUCAGGAACACAGGUCUACUUCUUUUCAAGGGAGGUUAUUAAAGCACAAUCUUGAUUCAGAAGUUGUAGAUGCUCUCAAGGAUCUCAGAAGGAAGUUAUCUGAAACUGAAUCGAAGUAGUUGAUCAGGUUUUGUUUCAGAUCAAGAUCUCAAGGAUCUUAGAAGGAUGUUAUCCGAUGCUUGUCCUGUACACAAGUAUAGGAUGAUGUACUGGCGUCAUCCUUCAGAAAUCAAUCCCUGGCCAUAGAAGAUGUCAAUUUGUACCAUGUUGUAUAAGGCACUCAAAUUGUUUGGUUUGGAACAUUUGACAGUUGUACCUUAAAAAAUUUGGCAAUAAAAUUUUAGUAACAGAGUUUGUCAGCUUCCGUUACAUGUAA